AUGACCUCGUUCCUAGGCAGAGGCGGGAUUGGCUUAAAAAAUGGCAAGGCCUUCUACUCCACCGUGCUGGCUGUCGAUCUCAGAGAAGAAUCUGAAAGCAAAUGCAAUUUGGGGGGGUGGAAGGCGGCGCUCCCCGAGCCCAGCCCCACGCGAGAAACGAAAGCGCGGCGCAUCCAGGCGGGACCGGAGGAGGGCAAGAAUCCAGCUGCGCAACGCCCAGCCCCGGUUGGAUUCGCCCUAGCGCCGCACGUGGCCGCCUGCCCGCAGCCCCUUCCCCAGCCCAGCCGUCCGCUUCUCCCCUCCCACCCAGAUAUCGGCAGCCCAGCCACCGAGCCGCAUCUUUUCUCGCUCUGUGUGUCUCGCUCGCUCGCUCGCUCGCUCUCCGGCCCGCAGCAACAUCAAGAAGCAGCCGCGAAAGCAUCGGAGACUCCAGCCGGGAUGAAGGCGCCUUUGGCCAUCCUCUUGGCCGCCUGCCUCUGCGUGGACGGCGUUUUCUCACUGGUCUGUUGGUCGUGCGACGGAGUCGACUCGAACUGGGCCUGCUGGAGGUGGCAAAUCUGUUCCGAUCAGGACAACUACUGCGCCACCACGUAUACCGGUGCUGGGAUUGGUGAAUAUUCCACGCAGUCGAUCAGCAAGGGCUGCGUGCCGGUUUGCCCCCAAGGCGGGAUCAAUAUUGGCAUUGCGGCUGUGUCGGUCAGCUGCUGUUCCUCGUUUUUGUGCAACACCAACGGGGCCAACAGCAUCCAAAUCAACCACGUGGUGUUGGCCUUGGCUACGCUCGCCAGUUUUUUCUAUCUCUUUGGAUCCAGGCUGUGAGGGAUUACGCCUCCCUCCGGCUGCAUCGAGCGGCCCAACGAGGCCCAGAAAUCACGUCUCGAGAAUGCAAGUUCGACUGCUCUGUUUUUUUAAUCUGAGAUUUUACUAGGUUUACGGAAAUACUUUAUUGUUUGUUUGUGUUUUCUAGCAUCGCUUGGGGUUGUCGGGAGGUGGAGGCACAGCUAUAUAUAUAUAAAAAAGGGAAUCUUUGGGCCAUAAAUUCUCCAUUGAGCUUUUUUUAAGGUGUGUGGACUCCUGGGAGUUGAAGUCCACACAUCUUAACACCAAGGAGAUCUAGAAACACUGCUCCUAAGGCUGCUGUGGCAAAGUUUGAAAUCGUUACAGAGGCCUUAAAAUGUUUUUGCUCGGGUGAGAAAAUACGCAGCUUUGGAUGAAGGUCUGUUAUGCAAAUGCAUUUUUGUCUGUUACAUUCACUCUGUUAACAUUUGAACUCAUUAAAAUGUAUUACAUUUUACAUUAAGCACGAUUGUGAGACGGUGACAUGGGCUUUUUGAAUGGAAUAAACAUUUUGAUUCAUAACAA